AUGUCUCUGUUUGUAUUAGAAAACRCUUUUUAUUUCAAGCAUAAUGUUAAGGGGGAAAAAGGCCUUGAAGAAAUUGAUCUCAGUGAUUAUGCAGAGUUUAAACUCACAGAAGAAAAUGUUGGUUAUCAAAUGCUUAAGAAGGCUGGCUGGACAGAGGGCACCGGUUUGGGAUCAAAAGGCCAAGGAAUUACUGCACCCAUCAAUAAGAGCUAUACACCAUCUGGAGGAUCUGGAGGAUUGGGUGAAGAAAAAGUUGGUGAAGUAAAGGAAGAAGAUGAUGAAUUUGAUUUGUAUCGGAAACGAAUGAUGCUGGCAUACAAGUUUCGACCAAAUCCUUUGGUGAGAUAA